GGAACAAGAUCCUGAACCAAAUGGGAUUGAGCCUUUUGGGAGAAACAAUCCGUGCAGGAACAUACAAAGCCUCUGUACCCAGCUGGCCGAUUAAAGAUACUUACCACUUCCGCCACCUUCUACACCGCUUCGCUGCCCAUGUGACUACAGGUGUAGAACUUAGCAAGCAUGAGGAGGGAUGUCUUAAAAAGCUGGGCAACGACUGUGAUGCUUACUUGCGCACAAAUGCACAUGGCUGCUUCUAUUACACUCAAGUGUUGGCUGCACUCACUGACAUGUUAAAGAGGUCAGGCCUGCCACAGGUGAGUGACAGCUGCCCUGCAAAGACGCCAAAAGACCAUCUACUCCUCAGUUUGGGAUCACCUGUAUACGAGUUUUGCCUAAAUCCUGAGGCCCUCCUGCCCUACCUCAUCAAGGAUAGGCCACUGAUGCCAGACGUCUAUAACCACAGGCUCAAGAUCGAUGUUACCACAGCAGAUGGGGAAGAGUGGAUCAGCACUGGUCUCUACCUCUCUCCUGGUAUGAGUACCUACAUGGUGAUGCCAACUGAGAUUAUCAACAAGGAGUGGAAGAUUCAGAUAGGCUGUCAAACUGAUGACCUACAUGACAAGGAUGAGCUGAAGAGACCACCACGUGUUCAUGAGCGAUUUCCUGUUACAUCAGAGAUGAUGCAUGUGUCCAACCUGUGGGGGGGGCUCAUCUACCUGGUGGCCCCACCCAACACACAAGUGAAGGGGUUGGAGAUCAUAGUGCAGAAAGCUCUCCAGGAAAAGUUUGGCUGGGAUGCCUUUAAGAAGGUGUUUGCUGCGUACCACCACAUGAGAGACUUUCCUGAUGACAAUGACACAAAGAUGAACCUGUAUGCUGAGACUUUCUCGCAGACUGUGGGGAUGAACCUGACCGGCUUCUUCAAGGCCUGGGGCUGGCCCAUCAAAACAGCCACUGAGGAAAAAUUAUCCCAGCUGCCUCCCUGGAAUGAUCACCCCAUGAUCCAGUAA